UAAUUCUUCCACUAUUGCCAUCACCUCACAUCUAGCAGCCAAUAAAUAUAGCCUAUUACAUCGUUUUGCAUUUAACACCAUGAAGCCCUUAUCAGAUGGGGCUCGGAGCUUGGAUUUAAAAAAAACAGACAUGAGAGACACAUUCAUGGAGCGGUGAAGGUAUUGUCAGCGGGGUUAGAAGUCCGGUAGGUGGCAGUGAAUGUUCUCAGGUAGGGAGGGCAGGUUGUGGGGGGCGUGUGUUCUACUUGCACAAGCGCUCCCAUGUUGCGUAGGCUAGUCUGGAAACCUGACGUGGAGAGCAGCCGAGCGGUGAGUGACAGAGUUGCGGCAGGGCAGAUCACAAAGUGCCUGUGGCCGCGCUUCCCCCGCUCGCGCACUCCUCUCCGGACCGACAGCCUCGUGCGACUUGCUCCGACACCGGUCGGCUGGCCGCGGGUGACCCGAGAAACCCACUUUUGACGAACAGACUCGGGCUCCGCUGACAGGAAAGGUGGAACUAAACUACAUUCAUUGACUUGAGAGCGAUGCACUGGCAGCAUGGCCAAGUGGUUCAAGGAGCACUUAGGAUUCAAAACUACCAAAGCAACCCCUCCGGCGCUUCCGAAACCGGACUACAGACAUUGUCACACCGGUGUGCCCGUUGCGCCUGGCUACCAACAAACAAGCUCCGGGGCCACCUUCCCGAGCCCCGCUCAACCGGACAUCCUCGCUGCUUACAAACUACAGAAGGAACUGGACUUCGAGGACCCGUACACUCCAGGUGGAAAUAUUUCAUUUGGCUCGAGCCUGAACGCUGUGGGGUCGCCGGAUAUCAAGUAUGUGUCACCAAAACACCGACUUAUCAAGGUGGAAACAAUCGAAAAGAGCAGCCCAGCUCCAGGCGGCGGUGUCACAGUCACCCAAGCUGUUGCUGUAGGGAGUGUUAAAUCACCGACUUCACCUCCCCCGGACCACGAGAACAAGGAGAAGCUCAUUAUCCUUGAAGACUACGCAGACCCUUUCGAUGCUGAGCAGGCUGGUGGCACUCAGACCAGCACGGAAAAAGUGACGACAGAGAAUGAUGGCUACAUGGAGCCAUAUGAGGCCCAGAAGAUGAUGGCAGAAAUACGAUCUGGUGGGCGAGGACCUAAGGAAGGACCGGGGAGACAGCUGCCUCUGUACGACACGCCGUAUGAGCCAGCUGAGAACGGCGGAGACUCUGACCCUGAGCGCUCGCGAUGCCCCAGAGAGAGCCGCCUGCCCCAGGAUGAUGAGCGACCCCCUGAGGAGUAUGACCAGCCAUGGGAGUGGAAGAAAGAAAGGAUUUCCAAAGCCUUUGCAGCUCUGCUUUGUUAUGACUGCAUUAGCUACGAGGGUUCUGUAAGUGGCACUGGAUCAGGUCCCCACGGCGGAAAGGACUGCACCUCUAAAUCCCUCACAGUAGAGAUUAAAGUGAUCAAGGACCUACCCUGGCCCCCUCCUGUCGGGCAGCUCAACACCAGCCCUCCCCUGGUGGAGGAGCUGGAGUCUCCCUCCCAGACAGCUCAGCCCUCACCAGGACAGACAAGCUGUGACCAGCACCACCAUGUCCAGUUUGAUGGCGUGGAGAAGUCUCGAAUGUCGCCUACCAAGGAGGGGAAAACCCGCCCGCUGCAGCGACACUCCAGUGGCUGUCUGGUCAACACCAAAAUGACUUCACUAGACCACUGCAGUUCCUCUCUCGGGGAGCGAAUUGACCCCACCAUGCCCCUGGAAAGCCAGUUCUGGUACCAUGGAGCAAUCAGCCGAACAGAUGCAGAGUCUCUGCUCCGGCUGUGUAAGGAGGCCAGCUACCUGGUGAGAAACAGCGAGACCUGCAAGAACGACUACUCCCUCUCCCUUAAAAGCAGCCAGGGCUUCAUGCACAUGAAGCUGUCACGGACGAAGGAGAACAAGUACAUCCUGGGCCAGAACAGCUGCCCUUUUGACAGCGUGCCUGAGAUAAUCCAUUUCUACUCCAGCCGCAAGCUGCCCAUCAAGGGUGCCGAACACAUGUCCCUGCUCUACCCUGUAGCCAUCAGGACACUAUAGUGCUCUGGGUCCCCUGCAGGCGUCGGCCCCUGCAGCACCCACUGGGCCACCCUAUGGCUCCAAGCUUCCUGUCCCUCUGGACAGAGCCCAUUAAGCUCAUGGGAAGAUGAACAGUGGCAUCCCAAAACUGCUGAUCCUGACUCACCUCACUGGCCAACAGAUUCCAGACCUGUUUUUGAAGGCCUACUGCAUACUAUCUUACACAUACAGACUCAGUGUUGCAGAAGUCUUUAUUAUUUUAUUUUAUUGUAUUUAUGACAAACACCAACUUCAUUACAUCACAGACUGACUAUCUGUUGAACAUCAUUUCAUUGAUUCUUGAGCUGAUUUCCCUUAGCACUUAACACUCAAAGAAAAAGAAAGGUACAACAAUUAAACAUUUGUCACUGGGGUGUACCUUUAAUUAUAAUAUGUUGUACCUUUUUCUGAAAAGAGUGCACAUCAUGAAAAAUUAGGUAUGGACAAGUUUGUUUGACUUUGCUCAUUUGGUUAGGCUCUGUUGAUACUGUAAUUGUUCGUAAGGGGACUUGAAGAUUGUAGGAGCUGUGUAAGGGAAGAGACAUUUAUGAGGCAUGUUGAGGUAAAUUGUCCUCAUGGGCCCCAUACAGUGGUCGGGAUAUUGAAUAAACUGGCCUUGUAUGAAUGGUGUGUCCCCAGCUGCAUGGGAAUAGCAGGCCUGUGAGCAGUGCAGACUGAUCUCUCUAUCUUGUCAUAGUGCAUGCUGUCUGCUAUCCAUCACUGAGUGGGUGUCUCACACCAAUGACAGUGUAAGUACCAUAGUGGUGAGACAGGCAGGAGAUCAUGAUGGAUGGGUCAACCCAUCUGACACAGUACAAUUGGCUGAGGCUAGAGACCAGAGACUGUCCAAAUGGACCAAAUUAGCCCCGCUACCCCUCCUUAAAAUGGCUUUGCAUCGGGAGAAUGAAAUAUGUCUGCAUUGUCUACCUCAGAAAAUCAAUUUCAUUCGCCCAUCUGCAGAUCAAUAGGUACAAUGGGAUUGCAGACAUCGAUCUGCUCUCCCUUCAACAUUCCCAAUUCCCUUAAAAUUGCUUCAUCGGUUUUAGUAAUAUGAUUUUUUGAAUAAAGUUAAUCCAAGUUUUUUUUUUUUAUGAAAACACAAGCAGAUUUUCCAGAUCAGCAAUUGUAUGUAUAGUCACUAAUAUGAUACUGUGUGAUGUCAGUAACAAAUGUUUGGUUAAUGCCUUAUAAUGCAUGGGUCAAAUCAGUCCGCUAGAUCAGCUGAUUUCCAGUUCUGCUUUUAACGAUUGUUCUGUGACUGUAAUUUAUUCUGGGGUAAUUAUUACUGAUGUGUUACUCCUUUGUGAUGGCCCGUCGGCCCCCUCGCCCUCAUUGUUCUGUGCCGAUGUGAUCGUGUUUUUUGGGACUACUCCAGCCUCUUUUACUGUGGUGCUUUGCAUUUUUGUUGUUUCAAGUUCCGCUAAAUGCACGUUUGCCUCGGUGUCCUGACUCUGAGACGUGAGUCAUGGCGUCUCCUGACCAACGGGGUUGUCAAGCAUCGCGUGAGAGACGAUCACAUAUUCUCCCUCGGACCAAUCGCAGCGCAGCCUGUCCGAACCAGAAAAAACACUUACCUUCAUUCUGUCAUGCUUCCACUUGGCAUUAAAAUCUCUCUAUCAUCUACCCUUCACUACCAGAUGUUUAUUCAUGUGCAAAUGUGAGUGAGCAUGCUUGUGUCCAACAUGUGUACGGUAUAUGUAUGCACACGAGAAUUUGUGCACAGACUUUCUGAGUUCCGGUGUGUUUUUGACCCUGCUGGUACAAACUGGCAGCCCUUGCUUGAACCUCUUUGGUUGUCAGUACCUUUUUUUUUUUUUCUCCCCUGAACUCAAGAAACUAGAAUUCAGCCCCAUGACAUUUAAAUUUCUUCUUGUAUUUUCUCAUUAACCACAUUUUAUUUCAGCAACUCCUAGAAAUGUCAUGUCUGUCUUGUGGUCUGCUCUCUGUAGUUUAUUGUAACAGAACCAAUAAUAUUUCAGCCCACAGCAGCAUUAAAUAUCGCUGACCAGUUACAAGAAGCGGAGUCUAAUGAUUUGUGACAAACUGCCUCUUCAGAGGAAACCUUUGUCAGUCUUAUGAGUUGCAAAAUGUUGUGGUUAAAUGAGCAAAUCCAAGUAAAAAUGGAAAUUUGGGGAGGGGGGCUUUGGUCCAAGCUGAAAAUGACUGACACUAAGGAAUUAUAAACUGACUUAAGCGAGCAUGACCACUUUAUAUACUAAGUCAAAUACAUUUUGGCUUUGGCUAUAUCUACGCUCUGUGUGCUAUGCAACUCUGAACUGCAGUCAUUGAAGGAAAAAUGAUUGGAGUGUGUGCCUCCACCAAAUGUUUAUGACCAAUAUGAUGGUACAAAAUGUCCACCAGGAAGAGAUGUAAUCAGCAAAAUGACCUGAUUAGUUAAAGAUAAUAGAUUGCAGAAAGUGGGAUGUAUAACAGAUGUUUAUUUUGUUGGUGCAGUAAGUUAGCAGACAGAUGUUGCUGUCCUCAGAUUAAGUAUGCCAUAUGAGGGUGUCUGUUCGUGUGAUAAGACAACCUCUGCAGCUUUAUUAAGAAAUAGCAUGUUGUCGAUUUGGACCUAUGUAUUUCCUUGAGAGAAUAUAUCCUAAGAAGAAAUGCAAAUGAAAUAAACUAUAUGUGUGAUGUAUCCUUUAUGUUCUAAAUGUUCCCUGUCUAAGUGAUGAAAUGUUGACAGUGAGGCUCUUUAUUUAGUUACUGCUGCUGAUGAGUAUUAGUCCACUAUAGGAAAGAGCCUGCAUACGACGGCCACACUGCCUAGAGAGAGGCCUUAGCUUUGGAAGAAAAAAAAAGGGAAAAUGAGAAUAAGGGGGAGACAGAGGAGAAGGUGUUCUGACGGGGAGGGAUUUGCUGCAAUCAGCAGACACACAUUCGUAUAUUUCUAUUAUGAGAACCUGAAAGAGCCCUUCUCUUCCCUCAGAAGUGUCUUAAUGUGUGUGUGUGUGUGUAUGUGUGUGUGUGUGUGUGUGUGUAAGCAACCAUCAGCCAUUGACUUGCCUCGUGUGGAUCACUUUACUGAGGUAAAGUGGCAUGUAUGAGUUUCCUUUGUGUACAUUUUCGUGCCACGUAUGUAUGCACUACUAUAACCUAUCUCUGUACAGUCCCUCAUGGCCAAAUGUAUAUACUGAAUGUAUUGUAUGGGGACAUAGAGGCAUCAAGGUUCAAAAAUAAAUAAAAUUGGGUUUAUGAGUUAAAGUGUGA